CAUUGCCAUUGCGGCAUAGAAAAUCCUCUUGCUCUUGGAGUGUGAAACCAGUAAACUAGUUUCAACUUUUUCGACGUUAACAUCAUCGGUCUCCACAUCACGAGCCGGUCGAGGUUUACGUUCGUGUACGGAGACUUCACCAUUCUUCAGACGUACCUCCGCGUUUCCGUGGGUGUGUAAUUAUUAUUCCGUAUUUUAAUUCACCUCUAGUGACUAAACGUUUAAGUGAAUAUUCCACUCUGUCUGAAUUUACAUUGGGUGGUGUCUUUUCGAAAUCCAUAAUACAAGCCGCAAGCUUGGAUCCAAAGGAAUAACUUGUAGCAGAUAUCUUAUCUUAUUAGAAUUCAAGUCGCAAGCUUGGAUCCAAAGGAAUAACUUGUAUGAGAUCUCUUAUCUAAUUACGAGUAGAACCAUGAUUUACCUGAAAAUAUCUACGGCAUGUCUUUUGCUGAUGCUGGUAGCUGCCCAAGAUAACUACCCCAACUAUAAUAACCCGAAUAACAAUAACAACAACAAUAAUCCGAACUACAAUAAUCAGAAUUAUAAUCCACAGAACAAUUAUGAUCGGCAAAACGGUUUCAACAACCCCCAAAACAAUUUUAACGGCGAUCCAAACUACGGCAGUAAUACAAACUACGGCAGCAAUCCAAAUUAUAAUAACAAUAACAACAAUAACAAUAACAACAAUUAUAAUAAUAAUAAUCCAAAUUUUAACAACCAAAACUUCAAUGGUCAACCUACAGAUUCAGGAGACUGCUGCGAGGAAUACUGCUACGUUGAUGACCAUGAACCUUAUCUGUAUUUCGGAACGAAAACGGCAUAUGACAGUUUGAAUAGAAGAAGUGGAAAUCAGCAUGUUAUACCUGAUUGCCAACCUGUACAGUUUUGGAGUAUUAUCCGACAUGGUGCUGAACUGCCUGAUUCUGAUACCAUUAGGGCGUUGAGAAAUAUGAACAGACUUCAUGAGGAUAUUUUACGAAACCACGAGCAAAGAAGAACCUAUCCUGACAAGGGCAGAUUGUGCAAUAAAGACUACGAUAUAUUCAAAAGAUGGAGAUUCAAUGAGUCAAUAAGCGAAAGUCGAGCCAAUGGCUUGUCGGAGCAAGGAAGAAAUGACAUGAAGUUAUUGGCCAGAAGAUACAAAACUAAGUACUCUGAAAUUCUACAGAAUAAUUAUGACAGCCAAUCAUACAGUUUUCAACACUCACCUGAAAACCGCGAGAGUUUUGAAGCUUAUAUAUCUGGACUUUUUGAUGACGAUGUCAGGAAUGUUGUUCAUGCGAACAUCUUAAACGGUGAUAGAUUAACCAGGCCUACACAAAAUUGUCCAAGGUGGCAGGAAAUUGAAAACUCCCAAUUCCAAAUUGGAUCAGAAAUACAAAGGUUUAAAGAAAGACAAGAGUACCAAAAAAUGAUGAGAGAUGUAUUUAGAAAAUUGGGAUAUAGGUAUACCUUAAACUCCACUGUAAUAGAUGAUAUCUAUAAUAUGUGCAGAUACGAAAAAGCCUGGAACCCCCAACCAAGAUCUCCCUGGUGCGUUGCUUUCAACAAAAACCAACUUAAAGUUUUAGAGUACGCAGAAGAUCUGAAAUAUUACUUCGAAGCCGGAUACGGAAACAGGAUGGCAGAACGAAUUGGAUGCAAUCCUCUUAAAGACUUUUACGAGAGAUUUGAAAGAACAGUAAACGGUAAUAAUGAUGGAAAUAAGGCAUCCUUCAUAUUUACGCAGACAGAAACUUUCUUAUCAACACUCGUAGCAUUAGGCAUUGCCAAAGACUACACCCCUUUGAAUUCAGAAAACUUCUUCCAACAAUCCAGAAGGAACUGGAAGACCUCGACGAUCAGCCCUUUUGCAGCUAACUUGGUCGCUACACUUUACGAAUGUAACCGUGAUGAAAAAUACAGAGUGGUCUUCUUCCUCAAUGAAAGCCCUGUAGAGUUUCCAGAUUGCUCGGUCGGUCUCUGCAAUUGGUCGACAGUACAACGGAAGUAUCAAGAUCUAGUGAGAGACUGUGACAUCAACAAAUUUUGCAGUGGAAACAAUGGCGCUGGAGUGACAUAUGCCGCUUACGGUCUAUUUGUAAUUAUGUCGAUUUUAGCUCUAAGAUUAUAAACCUAAAAGGGGUUAAACCACAAGUACUAACAAUAACAAUGAGAAAAGUAUGUAGAUUAAAAGACAGGUAAAAAUAUCACGAAAAUUGUGUUAUAAACAGUAUAUAUGUACUAUGUACAGGUUCUUGUUGAUACUCUCUAAUAGAUGAAUCCGUUUACAGUACGGACUCCAUAAAUGUCAAAUGCAAGGAUAAUUGUUUUGUCGUAUCGUUAAAAUCUGUUUACUGCUGCUAAUAUCUGCAAUCAGCGAUGUUACACUAAGAUCUUAAUAGGGAACUUGCACAUUUUUUUAUUGCAUAAUAAUAUUCAGUUUUGUAUAAAAAUGAGAUUUCCAAAAUUUCACGCUUCAAAACCUCAUAAUAACUUAGAAGUACAAAUUUAAAGUCUUCUGUAUUUUAAAAUAGUUCAAACGAUCCGUGACGUCACAUAGUUUAACUAUAUUGUUCCGUUUAUGGUUAUAUUUAGGUAUAUUCUUCUUCUUCUUCUUUAAUUUAUUGGCCUCCACCUACUUGGGUAUUUGGCCAGCUCGUCGUCGCGGAAUAAAGGAAAAAUAUUUAUAUUCUAAUGACAUUUAUCGUUUGUCAUUGUAAUAAUAUAUACCAGUGUGUUGAGAUUGGAGUUUGAUAUAGUUAUUGAAGGAAAGGAAAGAAGGUUUACUAUGGAAAAUAAAACCAUUUUGUAAAAGUACACAUUUUCUAUGAAUAGUUCAAACGAUCAAAAACACUUGUAAUAACGUAACAUAGCUGUAUUUUCUACUGACGUUUAUGAUGUCUUAUUUAAAAUUAUAUACAAUUUUGUUUUCUUUGUUGGUGCAAAAUGUAAACACAUAACCGGAUGACGUCACGACGCGUUUUGGGCUGGCUGGAAUUUGAAUUUUUAAUCGUCUUUAGGGGCCAAACGAACGACAAACAAAACUUUUUUAUCUUUGAUACAUGUUUUAAAUUAUGUUCUGUUGUGAUUUAUAACAUUUUUUUCGAAUUUAAAAUUUUAUGCAAGUUCUCUAUUGUAGUAUCCGUCAGUAAAGAAAAUCAGCAUAGAAUCCUCAUUUUGUACCAUUGCAAUCCGAUAGGUGCUAAAAAUCAAUCAGGACACGACACUAUCGUGAUUAUACGCAUAAGUCGACACAAAGAUCUGAAACUGCCAAGGUCGGACAGAUCGAAAACUUUGGUUACGCGACGUUGUCAGAUCAAUAGGGUUUCAAAGGUUUUUCCGUUUUUUAUUUGCUACCUGUUUCACAGUAAUAAUUUCCUUCUGCGUAAAUUUUAAAACAUUGAGUAUAAUUUCACGGGAUUGUGCACUUUGUGUCCUAUUUUUUACGGCUUUAUCACGCGACGUUGUCAGAUCAAUAGGGUUUCAAAGUUUUUCCGUUUUUUAUUUGUUACCUGUUUCACAGUAAUAAUUUUCUUUUUCCUUCUGCUUAAAUUUUAAAACAUUGUGUAUAAUUUCACGGGAUUGUGCACUUUGUUCUGUCUAUGGGCCUAUGUUCAACCAAGGACAAAUCAGGCUGAUCGAUGAUGAUGAUCUGGCAAUGUCGCAAAUCAAUUGAUUUCGUGCACAAUGGAUUUUAAAUGGAUGUUGACUCUUUGCACCAACGCGUUUAACUGAAGUCUCCUCUCGUUGAUUUACUACCUGAGUGACCGUCGCGGUUUUAGAUAUUUCUGUACAAUUGUAGUAUGUAUCAACAAAAUUCGAAAAUAUGGAAAGGACGCCAACUGGUGAUACCAAUUUGCCUUGGCAAAAUACUUGUAAAGGUGAGUUGGUUGAACUUCUUUCUUACAAUACAAUACUCAUGCUUUAUAACACGAAAUAGUAAAUAAAUAUGAUAUUUGUAUCUACUUUUAUUGCUAAAGAUCUCUCAAAUGGUAGCAGGAUUUAAAUAUUUUCAUUAUUGUUCAUCCGCUAUAACUUUUCUCAUGCGUCACGAUUCAUUUUCAAACAAAUUAAGUCAAAACAUAAAGUGAAACGAACGUUGAUGUGUAUAUAUAUUUUGUAUACUGUAUACUAUAUACUACACACAUCGGCGUACGUGUCACUUUAUGUUUUGACUUAAUUUGUUUGCAAAUGAAUCGUGACGCACGGAAAAAGUUAUAGCGGACGAACAAUAUCAUUGUUACUGUUAUAGUAGUAUUUUUACAUCCUAAAAAACAAUGACUUACCAGAACAAAUAUUUGAGUAAAUAUUGUUUUACUUAGUAAUAACAAUUAAUGUUUCAUAGUGUACAGCUGUUAGAAACCAGUCGUUAAAAAAAUUGAUAUGGAAACAAACAAAAAAAAAACAACUCAAAUCGAUUUGCUACCUGAAAGUGAUUUGGUAUAACUUUCUUAUUUAUAAUUUAAAGUUGUAACCAUUAUAUAAUUUUAACACUGCCAUGAAUAUAAUACAGUGUGUAACAAAAAUACAGGUCAUAAAUUAAAUCACAUAUUCUGGGACCAAAAAAUAGAUUGAUUGAACCUAGCUUACAUUAGUACAAAUGUGCACAUAAAAAAAGUUACAGCCCUUUGAAAUUACAAAAUGAAAAUCGAAUUUUUCCAAUAUAUCGAAAACUAUGAGAUUUUUUAUUAAAAAUGGACAUGUAACCUUCUUAUGGUAGAAACACUACAAAAAAAUUAUGGUAAAAUUUGUGCACCCCUUUAAAAUUACCCAAAAAAAUUAUGGUAAAAUUUGUGCAACCCAUGGGGGUUUCGUUCCCUUAAACUUUUGUUUACGUUCCAAUUAAAUCAUUUUUGUGGUACCGUUAGUUAAACACAAUGUUUUUAAAACUUUUUGCCUUUUUGUACUUUUUCGAUAAGCCAGUUUUUAUCGAGAUAUUUUGAAUAUCUGUCAAAUCCACCACAUAUUUGUAUAUGGUUAAGUAAGAUUAUAGAGACCUGGUAAUAAUAUGAAAAUUUAUUUAUUGUGAAAUAUAUUAAAAAAGAAGGCACAUCUCGAUAAAUGGUGGCUUAUCGAAAAAAUAUUAAGAGGCAAAAAAGUUUUAAAAACACCGUGUUUAACUAAUGGUACCACAAUAAUAGUUUAAUUGGGAACGUACACAAACAUUUGGAGGGUUUAAAAGAAUAAAAUCACCAUAAAACUUUUAUGUAAACAUAUUAAAAAAGAAGCCGCAUCUCGACAAAAACGGGCUUAUCGAAAAAGUACUAAGAGGCAAAAAAGUUUUAAAAACAUUGUGUUUAACUGACGGUACCACAAUAAUAAUUUAAUUGGAACGUACACAGAAGUUCGGGGGGUUUAAGGGAACAAAACCCCCAUAAAAUUUUUAUGGGGUGCACAAAUUUCACUAUAUUUUUUUGUAAGAUAUUCCUGCCAUAAGAACGGCACAUGUCCAUUUUCAAUAAAAAAUCUCUCAUAGUUUUCGAUAUAUUGGAAAAAAAUCGAUUUUCAUUUUGUAACUUCAAAGGGCUGUAACUUUUUUUAUGUGCACAUUUGUACUGAGGUAAGUUAGGUUCAAUCGAACUAUUUUUGACCCCAGAAUGUGUGGUAUAAUUUAUUACCAGUCUUUUCGGGACACCCUGUAUAAUAAUGUAUUUAAAGCCAGUAAAUACAGGGGUGAAAACCCUUUAAAUGGUAUAAACGUUGUGUUAUAUUUUUACAAAGUAUUGUUGCUGAUAAUUUUAUCAGAUGUUUAAAUUUUAAGGUGAUUCACUUCAUGGCAACGCAAGUUGCUGUCUAAGGUCCGUUUAGAGAGGGUCUCUUCGGACCAGCAACCCCCUGGUUGGUAGUAUGCCCCCCAACACAUAUACAAACAAUUGAGAUGGCGUAGAAUUCUCUUGCUGUACUUCCGGUUUAUAAUCACUUUUGUUUUAUGAUGGUUUAUAAAACUAUUAUGUUUUAUAAACCAUCUUCAGUCAAUAUGGGGUGUCCGAGUGGUUAAGGAGAUUUACUAAGUACCUCUAAUAAGUAUAUUUAAUAAUGAUUGGUUUUUAACAGCUUUAUCCUUUUCACCUGUAACAAUUGUGUCGUACCAAUCGUUGUGUUUGUUGAUUUUAAAAGAGAUAGUUGUAAAUAUUUUUACUAGAUAUUAAUUACUAGGCAAUUUUCGAAUUAAUUCCGAAGCUGUUUCUCCACCUCUCUCUCGGCUUCUAUAUUUUAUUAGAAUUUUGCCUUGUUCUGAUAACUAUCUAUCAUUUUAUUAGAGUAAUUUUAUACUUUUUUGGUUUUAAGUAUACAAAAAUUAUUUUAUUGAAUCUAAUUUUUAAUAGUUGUUUGUGACUCUUUAACUGAAUGUUUUUUAUUCAUGUUAGUUAAAUUAAGUAAGUAUAGUUUUUAACUUUAGUACAAAAGCAUACAUUUAAGACAAAAACUAAAACCAAAUAUGCCAUCCAUAAGUGUAUCUAUUUUUGUUGCAUACUGAUAGUUUUUAUUUCGAAUAUAUUUUUGUGUUUUUACACAUGACUUAAUAAAUAUUUUUAGUUAA